AAAGAGACCGGCCCCGCACACGGCUGUAGUGAUUGCGUUAGAAUAGCUCUGUAUCUGUUGUUAUUAAAGCCGUUAUGUCUGAAUCUGACUUCGGAUUUGCAACCCAACAUGUUGCUCUUGACAAAACACCGGUUCAGCUGCUUCAUGAGUACGGCAUUAAAACAGACAACAUGCCUUCAUAUGUGAUGGAUAGAGCAGAUGGAGAGGCCCACCAGCGCGUCUAUAUCUUUAGUGUAACCAUUGGGGACAUCACCUGUACAGGCCAGGGGUCCACUAAAAAAGCUGCCAAACAUGAGGCUGCAGAAGCAGCACUGAAGAUACUGGAUUUAGAAAAUAGUAUUUACAGUCAGAAGAUUGAGAAAAAUGGCUGUGUUGCGGAAGGAAAUGACCAACCUAAUCCAGUAGGAAUACUGCAGGAGCUGGCAAUGCAGAAGGCCUGGCGACUGCCAGAAUACGUAGUGUGUAUGGAAUCAGGUCCAGACCAUAAGAAAGAGUUCACAGUUAUCUGUCACUUAGAGAUGCUUUCUGAGAAAGGUACAGGGAGCUCCAAAAAGAAUGCCAAGAGAGUUGUGGCAGAAAAGAUGCUGGAGAAACUAAAAAGUCUCUCAGGCUCUACGGAGAUAACAUGGAGUCCAAGGCCACACGUGUUUCUAGAGAGUUUAAGAAACUCAAAGCUGGAAAAUAUUUCCUUACUGAGGAGGAAUCCACUGAGUAUUCCUAAUACAGACUAUGUACAGAUGAUUCUGGAAUUAUCUCAGGAGCAGGGCUUUGUGGUUACAUAUUUUGAUAUAGAUGAGCUUACAGCGAAUGGGCAGUACCAGUGUUUGGCAGAGCUGUCCACCACACCGGUUACAGUUUGUCAUGGUACAGGAAUCUCCUGUAGUAAUGCACACAAUGAUGCAGCUCACAAUGCUUUGCAGUACAUCAAAAUUAUGGCCAGCAUCAAAUAGGCAUCUUUUGCUGGUUGUUACCACACAAAUGGUAUUAUUUUUUUCAGCUUUUUAUUUGUGUUAUCCAUCAUAUACAAACCUGUGCAGUCACUAGCACAAAUUUCUUUGUGCUAGUGGGGAAAAUGAGAGAUUUUUAAGGCUGCAGUUUGUAGAUAACGACAGUUUAUUUUUAGGAACUUUGAUAAAAAUGAGGUCAGUUUAAUCUGGCUGUAGUAGAGAUCUUUGAUGGACAUAUUUACAGUAUUUUAUCCUGAUGGAUGUGUGACGUUUGGGUGUAGUAGAAACCUUUGGAAAAAUGGAAGAUAUUUGCUGGAUGUGUGAAUUAAAGCAAUGUAUUUGA